AUGAGCUAUGGAGGCAGGAAACAUCGAGACGCUCGUAGAGCCGCUCCUCGAUAUGCUUCACAAUCUCAACAACAACAGCAGCAAUACCCCUCUGGAUAUAUGAUGGAAGCUCACGUCGCUGUACCUGCCACGUCUACUAGCAGCCGAAGAGAGCAACGACAUCAAGAGUACAACCCCAUGAACAGCAACGUCACCAUGUCUUCACCAAACACGUCCUACACUGACACUGAUCCAGUGUUUUCAGCCAAAGUCGGACGUGCUCAGAGCCUUCUUGCUCGGAUAUUCAAAGAUCAAGACGAUGCGUCUUUUUCGAAACGUAUUGCUGCUGCCGGUCAACUGGAAAAACUCAUUUCUGGAAUGGCGGAAGAAACAGGACGUGAUGUUGGAGUGUCUACUGCGAGAUGGAGUGCAGAGACUGCACGAGAAUACUUGUUGACUUUGAAGAAUCAGAAUAAUCAGCCUAUUAGAGAGAUUGUUAGUGUGUUGCAAGACUCAUCAGCGUCGAUCCCACUGAAACAAGCCGUAGCUAGAUGCAUCUCUGCAACUGGAAUCGCCUUUAGGGCAGACAUUCUACCAUUUUACGAUUGGAUUUUCAAUAAGCUGAAAUAUGUAUCUGCUCGCGGUGCUGAAAAGGAGAAGGAUUUGGUCACAUACUUAUUGAUUGCUUUACGAGAGGUCGUCCAAUUUGGAUCUAUCGUCAAAGAACAGGGCGAGACUGUAGCAGCAUUCUCGUAUCCUUUGCAAGCAGAGCGCUUACUAGAACAUAUUCCAUCAUUCCUUGAUGCUAUGGAAACGCAAGAUUAUUUGCCCAAAGUGUUGGACGUGUUGCAUGUUAUAGCUGAUCGUUAUCCAGCUGCGUUUCAAGUAGCUUUCGAGGAUGUUGCGGAUCGUCUUGUUGGAUGGCAUAUUGAUGAAACAGUCACAAAAACGAUUUGUUCUCUACUAGGAGACUCUUUCAAGAAAUUUUGGCCUUUUUGGAGGUCAAAACCUGAAUUUGAACUAGAUCUUCUGUCACGAUUAAUUACAGACAUAGAAGCUGAGGGUGAAGCAGAAUCAGAUCGAUUGCCCUCCAGAGCCAUGAUACUCUUGAGGUGUUUCCACUCGAUCUUUACUGUACUGUGCUUUAGUUUUUUCCCGUCCGUCAAUCCUCUAUUGCCAUCAGAACCUCAACUGGAUCCAAAGACAGACGAACAGAUCUCUAUUAUCGUACACCAGAUGCUCGAUGUGCUAUUUAGAUUCAACAACAAAUAUACAGACAAGGCAUGGGUGGGAAUGUCGGUCGACUUGAUAAAGUUGCUCUCUCGUGCUUACGAAGGGACAACCCGUAUGGCUCAACUCCAAAAGAUUGCGUUCGACUGCAUGGAAGUGCAGGUACGAAUGCUACUAGAUACCUACGAUGGACCACCUGAAGAUCUAGUUGUUGAUGCGACUUCAGGGUGGAAGGAAAUAUCAGAAGGUGUCAAUACCUGGCUAGAAAUCAUCAGCGAAGUAUUUAGUCUUUGGGGCACAGACUUGAACCCACUCAUUGUAUCAGCCUUUAUUCAUCCCAAAUCCAUCCAGCUCGGUCGAUUACGAGUUCGAUGCUCUGGUGAAGCAAAGACGUUAUCCAGAUUGCUGGCACUGUGUCGUAAAUGUAUAGCGCUCUCUGUAAAUAAUGGCUCUGCUGAUUUGGUGUCUGGGACUGCACUUGUAGAAGAGCUUGUGCAAUUGCUCCAAUAUCUCUUGGAUCGAGAUGACCCAUCCAUAUUAGAAUCUGAGAUAGAACGAGGCUUGCCAGAAGUAGUACGAGGCUUGAAAGUGACUUGUAUUCAAGCCUUGGUAGCCUUUGAUUCCUUGUUGGUAACUGAAGCUACCAUAAAGGGCAUGACAGGCUUUGAGAUUCCAGCCGUCGCUCUGACAAUGGUUGAAUUGACAGAAGUGCUAUGCAGUCGACCUCCAUCUGGAUGGGUUCUUAGAGCUAUUGCUGUAAUGUUUUGGUGCCUACAUGAGAUUUGCGCAAGCUUUGGUUACUUUUCAAGCAGUAUGCCAGACUUGUUGCAAAGAUCAUUCCAAUUGAUGUGCACUUAUCUCGCUCCAGGUCCUUGCAGUUUGGAUUUGAGACGGAUUGCAUUGACUUGGUUUAUUGGUGUCGUUGCCGCCAUACCGGAUCAUAUGGAACUUGCAAAGGACUGGCGAGUCAUCUUGGACCAAGCAGCAUUCAAUUGCCUUGAAUUGGGUGACCAAGACUUGAAUGGAGAAAUUCGGGAGGCGGCUUUGAAGCUCUGGAAUGGUUACUUGUCCAUAUUCACUCUUUCCAAAGGUCAGCCACGGGUCAUGGAAACUUUGAUGAAGAGAUUGCAAGACACGAAUGACAGCGUUAGGACUCAAAGCUUCGCUGCAUUGAUCUCGCUUGAUGCCAUAUCCACCAUGACCAUGUCAGAAGAAAACGCUUGGCAUGAAGGGGUAUCGUCUCUAAAGAUGCAAAUCACAAAGUCACCAUUAGUUGGGACCUUCCGUACACGCCAUUUCUCUACCAUUGCAUGGUAUAUGGGUCUUGCACCACUCAAUCCGCCACCAGAAGAAGCCGAAGACCUUACUCCUGGUUGGCGAGAACGGAUCUUUCACGCUAGCCAAAGUGAAAAUGCGUUAAAGACUUUGCCAGGAUUGGAUUAUGCAAAGAAGAUAACUCCAGAUGCUGAGAACUUGUUGGACCGUAUCCACUUUAAUGAUGCGCUUUUAUCAUAUUGGUCUGGAUGGGAAGUUGCACGAUAUUGUAUCACUGCUCGAUUACGAACUCCGUAUGGAACACCACCACAGACUUUUGAUGCUAUUGAGCAUGCUUUGACAGGUCUAGUCAAGUCUGCUGAGGGUCUGGAGAGUGGAGAUACUCCAAUUGACAUGUCCUCAGCCAUUUUAUCACGCUUGCGUGAACUGCUCACCUUCCUUGAUGCCUUGGAAGUCCAGAUCCAUAAUGCCGCAGAAGGAUCUGGAUUGCACUUGGCUCUUGCACCUCGUACGUCUGCUGCAUUCUUUCACGCAAACCGUCGAGUUUGCGACGAGUGGUUUCAGCGAUUGAGAGGACGAAUGCUUCAUGGUGCACGACUUGCUGGAUUAUCUGUAUCAUCAGUGAUUCGCCAAGCUCACUUUUUGUUGGGAGAGAGACAAGCUACAAUGACUAAAGGUGGUUUGAAGGAUUGGAGUGGAUGGGCCAAGGAUGUAGAACGAGGCAUGGAAGAUUUGACUACUGCUUUGAUUGCAUCGAGAAAUGCAGAUGCUAUUGCGGGGCUAGUCAAAUGGAGCUUUAAUGCGUUUGGAAGUGCUUCGCCUGCAAAGAUGGUUGACACUAGCAAACCUCCUGCCAUCACUAUUCAACGACGAACUCCAGAUCCAGUGAUAGAUUCUCGUCCAUCAGACUUGUCAUUUCCAUAUCUUCCAGCUUCAGUAUUGAUGGCUCAAGGCAACCUGGAAAGUGCUAUCAACGAGUUUACUAAAACCAUCAACCCCAUAUUCGCUCGCUAUGAUUCUACUUCUGCUGGUUUGAAUUUUAUGCUGCAACAAAUAACUGAAUGCUACCUUCAACUGAACGAUACUCUUGGUAUGAAGGACUGGCUCACUCAAGUCGAGGAAUGGCAAUCCAUGUUGGAAGACGAUGGUCAACAUGGUUUGGCGGCAGCAAGAUCCGUAGAGUAUCUCCGAUUGUGGGCUACUGAUCUCGUAGGCAAUCAUAAUAAUACGAUCAAGUCACCACCUCCACCUCCAUUCCAAUUCAAUCGUCUAGUAGAUGUUGGACUGCAUCAAGCCACUGCUGAUGCACUUGAUGACUAUGUACUGAGUAGACUUCAUGGGCAUGAAUCACCAAAGCCUUUUAGGUUAUUCAGUGAAUGCCAACAUACCUUUGAAGGUUUGGUAUUCGCCCGUAAAGAAGAAGUCACUCGGAUUGCUUCUAGAGCUCAAUUAGUAAACCAGAUUGAGCUCACUUUAUCUAAAACACCAAGACCACCUUUAACGUCAAUCGGUUUUGCUGAAGCAUCUAUAGAGGGUGACAAAGAUUUACAGCAGUGGACUCACUAUGUAAAAACUGUCUCCACUCUUGAAGCAGUGACUUUGGAAAAAGUCGGCAAUCUUGCUGACUUGAGACUCUACACUGCUCGAAUUGCACACAAACAGCAUAAUAUGAAUCUCGCAACGCGAAUGUUGUCUGUACCUCUAGACUCUCCAUCCGCCGCUCUGCAGCUCAGACAGCAAUUUCAAGUCGCAAAGCUUCAAUUUGACCAGUCACAUCAUACCCACGCUUUGCAAAUGAUUCUGAAGCUACUGACUCAGCCGACUGAUGACUCUGCUAUCGCACCACUUCGGUCAAAAAUGUGGCGACGUCUUGCAAAAUGGGGCUGGGCCGGUAGAUUUGAUUUUGGAUCAAAAGAGCUCCAACAGUCUUUGGCUAGUGUUAUUGGUGAAUAUAAAAUAGAUAAUCACCAACAAUCUGAUAUCGGUAGUCGAAUUACUCAGAGUGCUCUAGAAGCAGUUAUUCGUGAAUCCCCACAAGACUAUAAAGCUUGGUUGGAGAUUGGGAACUUCUGGUACCGUCGUGGACGUAAGAUGCUAGAAGAAGCUGCUUCAGGCCGAUGUGGUGGUGAACUUGAACCGAUUCAUCAAUAUUUACGUAGUAAUGCAGGUACCGAUAUAGAGAAAGUAUUGGGACCACUUGUAUUGUGGGAGUUGGGCGAGUCUGCUGAUGGAUCUGCUGAAGACGCUCAAGGAACUGAAUCGCAGUCUGAAGCUACUGUACAUGUGCAAACUACAUUGCGUACAGGCUUUCCUGACUUGUCAUCUGCCAAUAUUGAUGAAGCUACGUUGAUGGUGUUGGAUAUACGACAACGGGUAUUGAAAUACUUCGAUUCGGCUUCUCAGUCAUAUUUCACUCACUUGCAAAUUGGAGCCAACUCUAACAGAGACAAGGAAAACGAGAGCGCUGUAAAGUGCAACGAAAUUACCGUGACUCUGAGGCUUCUUCGACUUCUCGUCAAGUAUGGCGGUAAUCUAGAGAAGACCUUCCAUAAUGGACUGAAUGCUACUUCACUACGAGUUUGGUCGAAUAUUGUACCUCAACUCUUUGCAAGGCUCUACCAUCCUGAUCGUACAGUCCAAAAAGAACUAGGCAGUCUCGUUACUCGCAUUGGUCUCGAAUUUCCAAGUUUGGCUGUCUACCAUGCUGUAGUGGGAGCUAAGUCGACUCGAUUUGGAGAAGGUGCUCAUAUCGCUUAUACUCAGCCCUUGAAUGCUCUGAAAGCAUCUGGUAGUGGUGCCGUACUCUUGGUCAAUGAAGUCGAAAUUCUGACUGCAGAACUCCAACGAAUCACUGUGCUGCCCGAAGAGUUAUGGUUGCAUCGAUUAGGGCACUUGGCAGGAGAUGUAGCCAAACGACUUGAGCGUGUUAGCAAGGAAGUUGGUCGUGUCAUGGCCAACGCGACCUUGGCUGCAGAUGAAAAGAUUCGUAUUGGUAAAGAUACGUAUAUAACUCUAUUGAAACCCGUAGUUGCCAGUGUAGAGAAAUUAGUAGGUGAGACUUUGGAGGGCCCUUCGGAAACCAAGUCUCCAUGUAAUAUAUCGUUUAGUGAAGCUUAUGGUACUCGACUUCGAGAAGCACUCGAGAAGUUGAGAACACCAUCAGACUUUGAGAACCCGAAGAGAGCAUGGGAUGCCUUUAAUCAACUCUAUAACGACUUGUCCAAGCAUUUGAAUCGUAAUCGUACUUUGAAGCUAUCGGAGCUCUCGUCUAUCUUGUCUGAGAAACGAGGAUGGGUUAUUCCGAUACCUGGACAUACAGACACCACAGUCCAUAUUGAAAGAUUCAACACUGAAGUACAUGUCAUUGCCACCAAAACCAAACCUAAAAAGAUAGAAUUGGUUGGUUCGGAUGGUCGUCGAUAUCCCUUCCUCUUCAAAGGUCUAGAAGACUUGCAUCUAGAUGAACGUGUAUCCCAAUUCUUAUCAACCGCAAAUCAUCUCCUGCAACGGGAUCGACAGAGUGCCAUUCGUCGUCUACGAGCUAGACAUUAUGCAGUCAUUCCUUUAGGUGAUCACCAUGGAAUGAUUCAAUGGGUAACCAACGUCACUCCCAUGUUUGCCUUUUAUAAGAGAUGGCAGAUGAGUAGUUCCCGUGUGCAGCCACAACCGCCACCUGCAAGAGAUCCAAAGAGUUAUGGCAAAGAUGGUAAAGGUGGUAAAGAUGAAGCAGCACAGGGACCAGUACGACCACUUGAGCUCUUCCAUUCGAAAAUCAACUCGGCCUUGAAGAGACACGGCUUAUCUCGAUCAUCACCACGAGGUCGCUGGCCUGCACAUAUGCUACGAGAAGUCUUUGCUGACCUCAAGACUGAGACACCUGGAAACUUGUUGGAACGAGAACUUUGGUUUUCGUCUCCCGACUCGAUUUCAUGGUGGGAAAAGAUUGCAGGAUAUAAUAGAUCUCUAGCUGUAAUGUCAGUUAUUGGCUACAUCAUUGGUCUUGGAGAUCGUCAUCUAGAUAAUCUGCUCUUGGAUGUACAGACUGGUGAAUGUGUCCAUAUUGAUUAUAAUGUAUGCUUUGAAAAGGGUAAACGAUUACGAGUGCCAGAGAUCGUACCCUUCCGGCUCACUCAGAAUCUUGAACGAGCUCUGGGUCUCACUGGCGUAGAAGGGAUGUUUCGCUUAGCCGCUGAACAUACUAUGCGAGUCAUGAGACAAAACAGGGAGGUCUUAGUCACUUUGCUCGAAGCAUUUGUCUAUGACCCUCUAGUAGAUUGGACGCAAAGCCUUGAAGAUGCUCAAGAGAUGAGAGUUGGUGAAUUGAAUGUCAAUAUGGGUCUAUUAGCAUCACGUAUUGCCGAAAUGAAAGCACCUCUUGAUCUUCUCAAGGAUGGUAUCCUGCCUCUAGUCUUGACGGCCACAUCCAGUGUAGAUAGAUUGCUAAUGAUUGUCGAGCAGCGUGAACGUGUAGAAGAAACCAUUGAACGUAUGAAGUCUGGUGUUGAUUCUGGCCCACAAGAAAAGGGCACCAUUCCUUUAUCUCUGCAGACUGAGUUGCAUUCUGCUCAGGAAACGGUCAUUGCCAAAGCACAAGAGUGCGCUUAUUGGCGUGGCCAGCACGAAGAGUCUCUGGUUCAGCUCCAAGAUCCAUUCUCUCUCGGUGCUUGUGCCGAGGUUAUGAAUGCUGAUGUCAACGCGAUGUAUAUUGGCAUUGAACCCACUUUUGUCGCUGGCGUGGUGUCCAAUGCCACAAUCAAACUGACCCAGAUGAAUUCACUUUUGCACCGAUGUGCUGAAGUCAAUCAAGAGCUUGUUCGUAUUGCCCAGGAACGUGUGGCAAGUUAUAGGGCACUUGGUGAGCAUUUGCAAUUAUAUCACACUCUCGUUACGCCUAUCCUCCCAACGUUGAUGGCCCAGGAUUACUUUUUACGAAUGGAACAAAUCCUUGCCGAUAUCUUUAACGCUACCCGUGAUGAAGAUGGUGUAAUGCUCACUUACGAUGCCUUUGAUCGUGCAUACUCGACCAUAGCAUCUGCUCUUACUCAUGGAAACGAUGAAGUCUUGCAGCAAACGGUAGCGAUGGAUCAGGUGCUAGCAGAGUAUGAGAGUGACCUUUCUGCUCUUGCUGUAUUUGUAUCUUCAUGGCCUAUGGAUGCUAUAGCAAAAAGAGUAGCAGAUUUACGAAGUCAAAUUGUAGCUCUAAUGAAUCAGUUGGUACCCAAGUUUCCACGUGUGUAUACUCUCGUACGUGGUUCCAUCUUGGAAGUCUUGAUUGCUCUGGGAUCUACUGCUCUCUCAUGUCUGGAAGCCAAGGCAACUUUGCCCUCAGCCUUGUUGAAAGCUGUAGUUGCGGACUCGAGGGUCUCCUAUGGCAUACAUAAAGUCCAACCAGAUUGCUUUCCCGAGUCGUUGUUAUUGAGCUUUAUAUUGGGACCUUCGUUGCAGUGCAUUUUGGAUAUCAUUCAGCACAAUGACUUGCAAUUGCAGAUCGAUCGUAAAUCAAUUGAACGAUUAGCAGCAUUGGCCAGCACUGCACAGAAUCUUGCCGAUGUGUCCUGGAAACUAUCUGAUAGUACAGGACUCCUAGCUAUUUUGCAAUCCAUCAGCAACCCCACUGUAGCUGCUGGAUUAGAUGUAGCCUUUGACCAGAUUGGAAAGCUGCUUGCAGAGUAUCAAAUUGACCAGACCCCUUCUGCUCACCAGCCCAAUGAUUUGGCUGGUCUUGUUGCAAUCGGCCAAUCGUUGCAUAUCGAAUAUGAGAGCAUUCUUCUCAGAAUACCCGAAGUUAUCAAGCAACCAUGUACAAUAGUCCUGGCCAGUAUUGAGAGCAUCUUUGCCGCUCGGUCGGUCUCACCUAGAGAGGGGGAUUCUGCUGAUGAUUCUGUGUCGACAUUGUUUCCGUUCAAGUUGUCGGUGAUGAGCCAUCUUUAUGCCGACUGCAAGACGUUCUUGUCCACUAAUCAAGUCAUGGACCUAUCUCCGACAGACUUGUUGGAAGUCGUGGUGAAGAAUCCAACAUUUGUAGACACCAUUCAAGCCUUAAGGCGAUACCUCAACCUUGGUAUUCGUGAAUUCGUCUUGAAACCAAUAGUGCAGCAUAUAAACAAUCUAGUCAAGAAUAUUAUUGACGGAGUUGAUGCAGCUAGUACAUCUUCUGAUCCAAAGCCAUCGAAGAAGACUGUCGACUCUGGGGUCAAGACUGAAGGAUGGUUUAUGACUGCCGGUCGAAAGUGUUUGACUCAACUGUUGGAGAAUGGAGCUGUAACAAAGGAACAAGUCAGACUGCUCCAGACUUUGAUUGUAGAAGUUGCAGCUGUACAAGUACGACCACAUCUUGUAAGAGAGGCCGCUUCACGAGCCAUUCGUGUGCAACGCAAACUUCAGGCAAGACGGAUACCAGUUUGGCGAGUCAAGUAUCUGAAUGACGAUUCUCAAACGGAUUCGAUUCGAGUUCAGUUUAUUACCAACUUCCAAUCCGCCAUUGAGUUACUAUUGAGCCAUCAGGAAGCUGAAAGCAAUGUUCGGCACAUGUGCAGAGCAUUGGAAGAAGAUGUACUCAAGAGCAUAGAUUCGUCGAUGUUUUCGAAACGAUUCCAAGAGUUGGCACAAGCUCGACAUCAACGUUUCGCCCAAGAGCAUGAUCGAGACGAAAAGUUCAUUUCGCUACUGAAUGGGCUAGUGCAUCUCGAACAGCAUCGCUUUUCAUGUGAUUCAACUAGGAAGUUUGACGAUUCGAUUUUACAGUCAAUUCGAAGGCUGCAAUGGGUCACUGUUGAAGUAGAUCGUGUUGCCAAACUUGGGCCUGGAGUCCUCCUCAUAGACCAAAUGAACCAACAAUUACAGUCAUUGUCGAUUGAUGAUUCUCUUCGAUCUGUACGAGAAGUAUCUAGUACAGUACUAGCACAACUGCCAACUGCAGUGACCUUAUUUGAAGAUUUGGAGGCUCCUGUAAUGUCGGUUGUGUCUCUUGCUGAAGAGUUUCCAGAAGCUCACAAGAUUUUGAAGCGAUUGAAUGAAUUUUUGGCCGAAGCUUCUGCUACGAAGACGAUUAGUUCUGAGAUGGUCUCGACACCCGCUUUCUUUGAACAAGCUCCCUCAUUGACUGAUUUGACCCGACGAAAAUUACUCAUGGAACAACUUCAUACUCAUCUUGAAUCUGUCAUUGUAACAGCCAUGUCGUUUUCAACUCUGGAACCUUUGGAUUUAGAAAAGCAGGAUGUUGUUGGUGGUGGUGGUAAUACUAGUGUAGUCAAUGGACCAACAGGCGCUGCAUUGGAUUCUGAAAAGGGGGCUACCGCAACUUCCUUCGACGGAGCUACUUCUCCACAACGUCGUACACAAGUCAUGGGUGGCGAUAAUAGUCCUCUUCAGGCUGCUACUCCAGACGGCGUUGUUACCGGUGUUGAUGGUUUGAAAUCGUCGUCGGUAGAUUUGAAACCUGCAAAUGCAGCUAUUGAGGUAUCACGUAUCAAGCAAGCUAGUAGAUUGGCUAUAGGACAAGAACGUAAUGCACAUGCUAUUCACGUACUGAAACGUGUGCGUGCUAAAUUGGAUGGACGAGACGGAAGUGAUUUUCGAAGAUUGGGUGUUUCUGAACAGGUGGAUAUGAUUAUAACACAAUCAACCAGUGUUGACAAUCUUGCUUCGAUAUAG